ACAAUGUCAAUUUUGACAUUGACAUAGCAAUAGCAUUGUUUUGAUUUGUCCAUGGUCGGGUCUUGAAUAAAGCUUUUAGGUAUUUCUGUUAUGCUGAGUUAAAGUGACAAUGAUAUCUCUUUAUUCACAACCGUGGGGAAAGUUGAGAUAUAUUUGCUCAAACUGCCAAGUGUUCACCAGUCCCAGAUGUUUCUUCAGUCAAGGGUUCGACAAAUACUCAGAUGUACAAAAGGAGAAAAUUAUCAAAGUUAUCAAUGAUUCCACAGCUGUAAUUUCAGACUAUGAUAUAAGCAAAGCAAAGCUAAAGAAAUUCUCCCAAUGGAGAAGCAACAAGGGCCAAAUUAACACAUUAUCUGACUUAGAACUAGUUGAAGGUUUCACAAAGAGAACUGCUAUAAAAUUGUAUGAUAGCAUACUUGAAGGUCCGGAGAAAAAGGAGAAGAGGAGUAAUAAAAUUAAGGGACAGAUUUUGCAUCCUGCUUUAAGUGAAAGAGUGCGACAGAAUUGUCAGUCUGUCCUGGCGGUGUACAUCAACGUGAACUCAGUUGUCUGGACCCUGAUCAACCGGAGUAACUACGCGGUGACUGAUUGGAGAUAUGACCCUAUCAAUUAUCCAGACGGGAAAAAACUGCAGAUUACUGAUAUUUAUGAUAUUGCAUCAUCCAUUACCCGUCGUCUGCCUCCAGCGGACAUGUACGUGAUGAAGGCUGAAGCCACGUCUCUCCGGGCCGCCGGCAGCGACCCUAACAAUGCUAAGGCUAUUGCUGUGAACCUGCAGAAGGCUCAGAUGAUCGCUAUGAUGGUGGCUAUGAUCAAUUCUAGUACGGUUAACUUUGAUGACCAAGAUAAAGAGGAUGUUCUCAAACAUAGAGUAUACUUUCUAAGGCAUUCACUUCCAUAUAGGUUAUAUGGAACUCUCGUCGGCAACGAGCGUGUAUCAACGGACCAAACAGUAGAAAUGAUACUCCAGAACACCAUAGAAUCCCACGUCAAAGUGCCCGAAAACCUCAAAACCAUGUUCAGGUCGCAGAAAGACCUGCCAAAAGACAUGCUUGGACAUAGCCUGUUGCUGGGACUGACUUUUAUGGAUCUGUGUAUUUAUAAAAACCAGAAUAGCAUAGACAAGUUGAUGAGGCGGAAUGAUAGUUGAGUGUGAUCUAUGGUGCGUCGAUGUGAUUUGUGAGCGGUGAGUUUUGAUACGGUUAUAGGCGCACCACACAUGAUGGGCUGAAUUUAUGAUACUUCCAUACAAUAAUUAUUAAAUUAAAAAGAUAUAAUACUUGUCAUGAGGGCUCUUGAUAAAUAAAAAUAUUGUAAAUAUUUCGUGGAAGGGCCGCUUUUCCAUGAAAACAUG